AUGAGCAAAUGGGAGAGGUUGCUCACCCCGCUGGCUGAUGGUAAAAUUGGUAGUAGAAUUUUGGUAACAACUCGAAUGGACUCAGUUGCAAAGAAGAUUGCAAGGGUCAUUCAAGAGAAGACGGUAAAAUUUACAUUAGAGGGCUUGGAGGAAGAUCAGUGUUUGAGGCUCCUCAACUUACAUGCAUUUGUUGGUGUAGAGAACCCCUCUGAUGAUGAUCAUAAAAAAUUAAACGUCAUUGCUGGAGAGAUAGUUAAAAAGCUUUUAGGGUCUCCAUUGGCAGCUAAAGUCAUUGGUGGUGUUCUGAAUGACGACUUGGAUGAAAGGCAUUGGAGGACAGUUCUAGAAAGCAAUUUAUUGGGUGAGAAUUCUAUCAAUUCUAUCUUAAGACUGAGUUAUGUAGUUCUGCCAAAUUAUCUACAAAAUUGUUUUGCAUUUUGUUGUAUGUUCCCGCAAGAUCAUACAUUUGAUAAAGAUGAUUUAGUCCAAAUGUGGAUUUCAUUGGGUUUCAUUCAGCCAUCUCAAGGAAUGACAAUGGAGGAUAUUGGAGGAAGGUAUUUUGAUGCUUUAGUAAAUAAAACUUUAGUUGAGCAGGUCAGAGGUCACUAUAAGAUGCAUGAUUUAAUAUAUGAGUCGGCAUCUAAAUUUUUUGCACAGAUAUGCGGUAAAUUUGUGGAUGAUGAAGAGUCAUCUCUCAAAAUUUCUGAAAUUUUUCGAUACUUAUUUGUUGAAACUACAAAUCCAGACAUCAUACAAAAAAUUGGGCAGUUUAAACAUUUGCAUUCUCUUUUCUUGUUCUAUAAAGCUUUUAAUGAGGAUAUUUGCAGUGCACUUAUUGAAAUAUUCAGAGCAUCAAGAAGCCUACGCUUAUUAUAUGUAUGUGCUCCAUACUUGAAAGAGAUACCCGAGGAAAUUGGAAAUUUGAUACAUCUUCGAUGCUUAAAGAUUGUUGGUUAUAAUUUGACUACGAUGCCAAGAUCUCUAAGUAAUCUGUAUCACUUGCAAUACUUAAUAUAUGAUAGCCCAGGGGAGGUAGAACGUCUACAUGAAGGUGAUGAUUUUUUACCAAGGGAACGUCGACAUAAAGCUGAUGAUUUUUUACCACAUGACAUUAAUAGCCUUCCAAACUUGCGUUACAUGAAAUUGCCCAAGAGUUACAGUUCAUUGAUACGUUGGAUUGGGAAGCUAAAGUCUCGUCCAGAACAAGUUGUGAGUGGUUAUAGAUCAAUUGGGGAGUUGAAGAAUAUGAAUGAUUUUUGCAUUUUAAAAAUCAACCGCCUUGAAUAUGUGAAGGACACCGAGGAGGCUCGUAAUGUCCAAUUAUGUGAAAAGACGAGGCUCACAGAUUUGACCUUAUGUUGGACAAGAUCUGAUUCAUGGAAAAUCGCUUCAUGGAAAAUUGCUUUAUAUGAGAACGUGCUCGACAACCUUCAACCACCAAAUUGUCUAAGGAAGCUGAGCAUAAAUGGUUACUGGGGUGCAAGGUCUGCAAUAUGGAUGAAUAAUGUCAAUAUGAUCUUCAAUCUAGAGGAAAUCAAUUUGACAGGUUGCAAGGAGUGGGAAACUCUUCCUCCUUUCGGGCAACUUCCCUUCCUCAAGUCACUGAGACUUAAAAACAUGCCGAAAGUAAAAUUGCUUGAGAGUAAAUUUAAUGGGAAUGAUAAACACCAUGCCUUUCCUUGCUUAAUUAAACUGGAGCUUUGGGACGUUCCUAUGCUUCAGGAAUUACCGAACCUUCCUCCCUCUUUGGAAGGUCUAAGAAUUAAAUAUUGUCAUCCAGAGUUAAAGAAGCGCUAUGGAGAGGAUGGAGGCCCCGAUCGGCACAAGAUUGCUCACAUUCCUGAAAUCUAUAUUUCUACUUGA